CAUGGUUAUACAGAAACCCAAGAACGUUAUAGUAUACCAACAUUGAAGAGAGCUUAUAGCUAUCGCAAAAAUUAUAAUUUUAUAACUUUAGAUUACGCUUCAUAUUCUAAGGCUGAUAAUAUGGUAUUAUCUUUUCCUAGGGCUCUAACUCCGUUUGUUUCACAAGCAUUAAUAAAACUUUUUAAUGCUGGAUUGCCAAUUGAAAAAUUUCAUUUGAUAGGUCAUUCAAUAGGAGGACAGUUCGUAGGUUAUAUAGGAAGAAAUAUAAUUGCACAAACCAAUGGUACAAAAGUAUUAAAUAGAAUAUCUUCAUUAGACCCAGCAUACCCAGGAUUCUCUUCUUUUUCGUUUAUGGAAACAAUAAGUUCAAAUGAUGCUAAAUUUGUUGAUGUCAUACAUACAGAUGCAUAUGUUUUUGGUGCUCCGCUUCAAACUGGUAGUGUAGAUUUUUGGCCAAAUGGAGGUAAAGCAUUACAACCAGGAUGUCCUCCGCGCAAUUUACUUGUACUAGAUACAAAUGAUUUUUGUAGUCAUUGGAGAUCAUGGAAAUAUUGGGCUGAAAGUGUUGCAAAUUUAUAUCCAGAAAAAUUUGUAGCAUAUAAAGCAAAUACAUAUUCUGAAUUUUUAACUAGACCAUUAUCUUUCUAUCAAACUAAUGAAAUCACAUUAAUGGGAUUACAAGCUUCAAGAAGGCAAAUAAUUUAUCAAUUUUUGUUCUUUUAAUUUUAAAAAAUUAUCAAAAAUAAAUUGAUUUUUUUCUUUUUUCACAGUUCUAGGGGAAAUUAUUAUUUAUAUACAAAUGAUGAGAAACCUUUUGC